AUGAAUAAGCUCCCUUCGAGGUUCCAUGUUACCCUAAAGGUUCUUGAGGGCUCUGAGAAUGGAGUCUCCAAAGAUACUUAUGAGAAGGACUUGAAAAGUAUAUGUACUCUGGAGUCCCAGGAGCAUUUGGCCUAUCUCCUGCAUCAUUUGAAGGAGUUUGAUAAGAUAGACAAGCAAUUUUACAUAAAUGUAUUUAAGGAGGGCAUCAGCCCUGUGUGGGAAGACAAGAAUAACAUGAAUGGAUGUGAUUGGAGCCUUAUGCUUAAAAAAGAAGUGUGCCAGAGAUACUUUGAAAGGCUUCUCAUAAGCUUAUGCUCUGGAUACUUCAAGACUUUUGAGCCCACGGGGAUAGUGGGAAUACACAAGGACAACAGAUUCAAGCUUAGCAUAUGGUCAAGGGGGCUUCCGCCAACAACAGAUUGUGGAGAAAUAAUCAGCGAGCUGAAGGCUGCAUUGCAGAUAGACUUUGUUAUCACAUUUCACUAUAAGAACCAUUCGAAGAUACUGGCAUACCACAAAUCCCUUGAGGUGUAG